GGAGCGCGCGCCCAGAGUGGGUAUUUUUAAAUGAGGCAUCAUUUUGUUAAUUUGGUAAAAGUGAGCUUAAGUGGCUUCUUGACUUGUCACCUGUUACCGACGGUAUGACUUGGUGGGGACAGAUGGUCCCUGAUCCUUCGUAUUAGAAACAAAGUUUCAGGUUUAAUACCCAACUCAUUCCACAAGCGAGUUUCUCAAGAAAAAGUGCCAAGUGUUGUGUGCGCUGUGGCAGAAAAUUUUCAGGAGGCAGCCUAAGGGUAAUUUAAGGGCAAGGAGUGUGUGGAACGGACAGAUAGUGACAGAACUGCCACCGAUUUAUUGCUCUUUCCUUCCAAACCAGCUCUUCAACUGGACCGACCAAAGGUAAGAAAUGUCACUUUCCCUCAGUGCACAAAGGACUUCCCUCACGCCCUUCCAGUUCUGGCCAUUGUUCCGUCCGUCUUCCCUAUUGGCUGGAGUUCUGUGACCCCGCCUCCUCACAUGGCGGCCCGUGAGGGGCGGAGCUUUCUGACGCACACCGUGGCGUUCCCAGGGCUAUAAAAGGCCCCACCAGCUCACGGACUUCCAGGAGGCGCUGGUGAGGGGUCCGCGAGGAGUAUCUGUAAAUCCUAGCCGGAAAGAAGGUGCGGCGAGUCUGGAGAAAAGGUCCGCCUGGCGCUCUGGAGUCAAGCCCUUGGCGUGUUUCGUGCGGUGGACGAGGCGGACCAAGUCUCAAGCGUCGGGGAGGCGGAGGUUGCCGGGGUGAGAUUACAGACAUCCUGCCAAAAUGAUUUCUUCAAAAUCCAGACUUGUCAUACCCAAUGGCCUCAAGACUCUGCUUGAGGGAGUUAGCAGAGCUAUUCUCAAAACCAAUCCAUCAAACAUCACCCAGUUUGCAGCAGUUUAUUUUAAAGAACUUGCAGUGUUUAGAGAAGGGAAUGCUUCUCUGGAUAUAAAAGAUCUGGUUAAACAAUUCCAUCAGAUUAAAGUACAGAAAUGGUCAGAAGGAAUGAUACUGGAGAAGAAACUAGUACGUAUAAAGGAAUCCGAAGGAACAUCUAAGGUCUUCCAAGAAUCUACACAGAUGGAAAAAUGCACAGACACGGAGGAGGACAAUAUUGCUGGGCCACAAUUCAUCAACAAAAGCACCCAGUUUCCGUUAGACCGUGCUGAGCACCGACAGCCUGAGGAGAAGGCUGAAGCAGCUCAUGGUCCUUCUUCCAAACCGGCCACCCCCAAGGCCACCAGCCCAGCCCCAUCGCCAUCUCCAGCACCCGUCUCGGCAGAGUUCGCUUAUGUUCCUGCUGACCUGGCUCAGCUUGCCGCUCAGAUGCUAGCAAUAGCAACAAGCGAAGCAAGACAACCACCACCAUAUUCUAAUAACACGUGGACUCUUUAUUGUCUAACUGAUAAGAAUCAACAAAGCUGCCCAUCACCGCCACCUGCACCUGGGCCUUUCGCCCAAGCAACCCUCUAUUUAUCUAAUUCUAAGGAUCCACAGUUUCUGCAGAAUUCACCAAAAAUUACUUCUCCUUACGUGAUGACAGAUGACAGCAAGACCAGUCGCCCACCUUUUGUUUUAGUGGGCUCAAAUGUUCAGGAAGCACAGGAUUGGAAAUCUCUUCCUGGACACACUGUUGUCUCACAGUCAGAUGGUGUGAAGAGAUACGCUAUCGUACAUGUACCUAUUGCUGUUGCUGCAGACCAGAAAUUCCAGAAACACACCCGGAGUCCCCAGAAUGCUAGUCCUCCCACAAGUGGACACGAUGGCCCCAGGCCACAAAGCCCAGUUUUUCUUUCUGUUGCUUUCCCAGUAGAAGACGUAGCUAAAAAAGGUUCAGAAUCUGGUGACAAACAUACUCCUUUUGGAAGUUACGGUAUUGCUGGAGAGAUUACUGUGACCAGUGCCCAUGUUCGCAGAGCAGAACCUUAAAUCUGAUGGUGAAAAUGACGCCGAGUCAUCGGUCAAGGUGCAGCCGGCCACCAAGCAUAAUAUAUCACUAAACUUCCCGCAAGCAUUAAACCCUGUGUAUGUGCUUAUUUUACUGAACACAAAUGUCUUAAAAUAUUUUCCAGAUUUGUGAAGAGCAGAUCUAGGUACAAGUUAUC